AUGAAGAUUGGGGGUUUGCUCACAAAGCUUGGCCAGGGUGGCUUAUUCGAAUCAACGGCGUGGUCUGCUCGAGUUGUGGGGUUGCUAGACUGCGACAACUCUGGCGGCGGGUCGCAGAGUGGGAGUUGGAUUCUUGGGUCGGUUUAUGGUGGAGGUGGCGCACCGGCUCCAGAUCUUGGAGCGGAUCCAAGCAGCGAGGGUUCAGGUGCUGGCGGUGACAGAUCAUAUGGCGGUGGCUGUUCGAGCCUUAGUCUCGUCUUGGGUACAAAUCCAAAUUGGAGUGGGGUUGGUGAUUGUGGCUCCGGCAUUGGACAGGGGAUGGGUGAGCGACCUGCGAUGGGAGGGGGCUGGCCGAGGAGGUGGGGCUACAGCUGGGUUCUAACGGCAACGUUGGUGAUCUGA